CAACUCGCUAGGAGGAGGAACCGCCCUUCCUAGCUCGGCGAGGUCCCGCCGAUGACCGCCACAGGCGCCUCAGAGCAUCGCAACUGGCUCUGGGAUCGCUAGAUUAUACAUUCUCGCACCACAGGCUCGCCGCGGCGACACUUCGGUGGUGCCUAGGGUUUGAUGGCGGCAAAUCGGCACAUCGGCGCUGCCGGCCGGCGCGGGCGCUUUGAGCAGGAGCUGGCGGCUUGGAAGGCCGCGAUUGUGCGUGUGCCCCUCGGCUGUAGAACGGCAAGGAGGCCUGGGGGCGAGGCGGUGCCGCUGCUGCAGCAGUUCUACCACCUCGGCAUCACCUCCCGCAACUCCACCCUCAGAUGGUUCAAGGGCGCGUUCGAGGAGGGCCCGGAUGGGUCCGCCGCCGCCGCGCCGGCCCCGCUGUCCGUGCUGGACGCCGCCCGCACCUCUCUGGACGCCGAGACCUCACCCCACCCCGCCCCACCCCACCCCACCCUGGCUCCCCACCCCCGCCACUGACAAGCUGGCCAGCGCUGCCACCACCUGCUGGCGUUGCUGACUAACGUGCAGAGUUUUUUUAUGGGGAAAUAAUGUAACUGGAAUGCUCCAAAACAACAACGAGCCCUGCAAGUUCCUGGCCAGGUACCGCAACUUCGUGGGCAUGUUCGAGGAGCGGGUCUCUAAGCGCAUGCGGUUGCUGCCCAAGUACAAAGCAGCGCUAGCGGCCGGUGCCAAGCCCCUGAAGAAGAGGCGGGAGGCCCUGGAGCUAAUGUCGGAUCUGGCGAACGCCGAGAAGAAACAGAACGUGGAUGUUCGGGCGGAGACACGACACCUCCAGCAGCUUAACGAGCAACGGCUUGAAGCGGGCGUAGGGGUCCUACGACG